UGACAGCUACUUGAAAUAGAAGCGCGCCACAAGGUUAUGUAGGUUACGUCCGUCAGAUUAAAGUGUGUGUAUGACUCAAUAAAAAUACUCGUUAAAGUUAAUAAAAUGUACGUGACAUUGAAAGAAAUUGAGGAAUUGCAGUCAGAAAAUGUAUAUAUCAAGGAUAGAGAUUAUGUAGAGAAGACAUUAAACGCCAUAAUAACCGACGGAGCAAAUAAUUUGCAAGUGGUAACAGAUUUUGAUUUUACAAUUACCAAACACACUUUGCCAAAUGGACAACCUACUUUGUCAAGCUUUGGACUAUUCGAACGCUGCCCCAGUGUACCUGAAUCACAUAAGAAAAAAACUGCUGAAAUGUUAAACUACUAUAAACCAAUAGAAGUAGACCCUACAGUUCCACGGGAGACCAAACUAAAGCUAAUGGUGGAAUGGUGGGAAAAAACUAGGGACCUUUGUAAAGGCUUUGCAUUUAUUGAACAGGAAUUAAAAGAUUUAGCAAAGGAAUACAAGGAAUCGUUUAGAGACAAUGCUAAAAAUAUGUUUAAAACACUGUACGACAAAAACAUUCCUUGUCUAGUAUUUUCUGCAGGGUGUGGAAACUCUGUUGAUGCAAUGCUAGAGGCUGCUGAUGUUAAAUAUCCCAAUGUUAAAACUAUAUCAAAUUUUUUGAAGAUUACUAAUGGACUUGUGGAUGGUUUUGUUGGAGAUAUCAUUCAUGUAAUGAAUAAAAAUGAAGCAGUUAUCAAAGACACAGAAUAUUAUAAUCUUGUUCGAGACAGAGAAAAUGUUAUACUUAUGGGUGAUUCUCUGGGGGAUGCUUGCAUGGCUGAUGGCAUAUCACACAAAAAGAAGCUAAAAAUAGGUUUUCUAUGUAACAAUGUAGAACAAAGCUUACCGAAUUAUAAAAAUAAUUUUGAUAUUGUUAUAGUAAACGACCAAACAAUGAACGUUCCAAACUCUAUAAUUAAUUUAUGUAGUAAUUAAAUUACUAUGGAAUAAUUGACAAACAUAUAUUUUAUUGCACAAAUGUUGUUAAC